AAACGAGAAAAACUUUCAAAUCAAAGUCGUUCUUUCGCAUCUUCGCUAAAGAAUAGAGAUGAAAUCGGAAUGUACCAUCUAGAAUGUUCCAAAAAGGACUGCCUUCCAAUUAGUCGCUAUAUCAGAAAUAUUAAUACGGCAGCUUUUGAAAUGUGCUAUGCAAACAUAGGUCCAGAAGAAUUUCUGCCGUUGUCAUUAAGUUUGGGCAGAAAUACCUCUAUUGAGAAAUUAGAUUUGAGCCACAACUGGUUGGGUGAUGAUGGCCUUUACUAUUUAAGUCAGACUUUAUUUGAGAACAAUAACUUCGUAGAAAUAAUUUUGGUCAAUAACAAGAUAUCGUCUAAAAUGCUCGAGCAGCUUUGUGACGCCGUGUCAGUUUCUCCUAAACUUAAAUUCCUUGAUCUAAGUGAAAAUCGGUUAGACGACUCUGCAGCACCGUUUAUAGCUGAUUUGAUGUUGGUCAAAAAUUCGGUAGCCCAUUUCGGCAGAGGUCUGGGUGAAACUGAGUGCCUUAAGGUUUUGGAUAUAAGUUGGAAUAAUGUUGUUUGUUCGGGAAAGGGUAUGAAACGAUUUGCUAAAGGUCUCGCGGAUAUAUCUGUCAAUCAGGAUUUCAAAAAUCUAGUAGAUCAGGCAUUCGAAUUGCUGCCAAAUUUGAAGAUCGUGUAUGGUUCUCGACUCUCCUUAAUCGACCAAGAGUUUUUUUCUCUUAAACUCUUUGCUCCAAGGGAUAAUUCUCCAAGAAAAUGGCUGAUUGCUUUGUACAAAUUACAACAGAAAUUCAAUCGUUCCCUAAUGCCGUUUCUCCUUGAAGCUGAUAGAGACAAUGAUAUGAAAUUAUCGAGAAUUGAGUUGACAGAAGCUCUUGAAGUUAGUUAA